GAUUUUAACAAGAUAAAUUCACAUACAAACACAUAUCACACAUACAUUAUAGCUUAGAGUAUGUUUAUAUGUCUUACAUGUCUUUAGGGGAUAUGAAAAUACAUUCUUUCACAGAAAAGAGACUUGUGGAUUUUGGCUACCAUCAUUUACUUUUGUGUAAGUGCAUUAUGAAGGGAUCUUAUAAUAUCCAGUAUGAACAGGAGGAAUAAUCACAGCUAGAAGGACCUGUUUCAUGCCAAUUCUUAAACUGUCCUUUCGAGCCACCAAGAAAGCAGCACAAAAAGCCCUGCGUCUCUGAAACGCCUGAUAAAGCGACGAGGAGCAGCGAUCCGGUUUGUAACGGUACUCUGAGCCCCCCGGUGUGUUUUCACAGCUUGGGUUACUUGUUUCGCUCGCGUUAUCUGGCAACCCCGACCAAACUGCGACAGCGCCAAUGGCAGCAAAACAUAACUGUUCCAGGCGAGGAGGAUGACAGCAACAAGGUGAGAGGAGCACCGUGUGGAAGUCAGCGGUGGCACUGAUUUACGGCUAGUGUACGUAGACAAAUCUUGUUGUGCUGCUGUGGUUUCACCUGCGUGCGAAAUAUUAAACCGUCGUCAACUUUUUAUCUUAAGUUAAUAACUGUAGUAUUCCGGCAAAAUGUUAGCACCAGCGUUAGCAACCUGGCGUUUAAGUUAGCCUCCGGAGCUAAUGAGUUUCCCUGCUAACUACCCAGCUCGCUACCGCUAACUAAACAAGAGACUGGGGUUGCCUGACAAGCUGGAUAGUUGGCGUAUAGAGAGAGCUAUCUGAACACCGUCUAACCAUGAAGCACCAAAGAGAAACCGAAGUUUAGUUUAUUUAGAUAAAAUGUUGACUCUCCGGCUGGCUAAGUCACGUCAGUGUGCUAAGCGUAACUCGGGGCCUAAGGGUGUCAAAGCAGUCAUCCCUCAUCAAAUUCAACCACAAAUCUGACGUCGUGUGCAGCAGUGAUGAUAUAACGAAAGUAGAGAAAGUAUCUAUAGAUUAAUUAGUUCACAUAGGGGAGACCGUAUUACUUUGGCCCUACACACAGAGCCUGUAGUGCUGAAGUCUAGCAAUGAAUAAGAUUCCCUGGUUGCGGUGGAGGUGAGGAAGCAUGGGGUGGAAAUCUGAGGUGACGAGGCGAACGUGAUGACAGCAUGGUCCAUGUUGGAGAAGCUCAAAAUGGAAAAACGCCCAUGCAGGGAAGAGAACAUUGACUCAAGUGAGGCCCAGCAUGCCACUGAUGAGUCUGAGGAUGGAAGCAGCUCAGAAAGCGAAUCCGAGGAGCAACAACACCUGAAGGUUCAGGCUAACAGCAGCAGCAGCUGUAAGAGGAGGGAGCCCUUGGCUGCUACAAAACCCCACCGCCAGCUCUGUCGUUCUCCGUGCCUGGACCGGCCAAGUUUUUCCCAGAGUAGCACCGUGCAAGAUUUUCGUGAGGAUGACGCCGGUGCAGGAGCGGGGAUCAAACAUGCCAGCGACAGGGAGUACCAGACAAAGAUGGAGUUUGCUUUGAAGCUGGGCUAUUCAGGAGAGCAAGUGCAGACAGUGCUCAACAAGUUGGGAGCUGCCGCUCUUAUUAACGAUGUGCUCGCUGAGUUAGUAAGGCUUGGAAACAAAGUAGAGCCUGAAAGUCAACCUUCCAGCAGUACGGCCACAUCUGUGUCACGCUCCCCCUGUGUUAAAGAGACCGCGAGUCCAGAGGUGUCAUUGGAAGAGGAGUCUGUGGAUACAUAUGAUAAUCUCAGGCCUAUCGUCAUCGAUGGUUCAAAUGUGGCAAUGAGCCAUGGAAACAAAGAGGUGUUCUCAUGCCGUGGUAUCCAGCUUGCUGUUGAAUGGUUCCUAGAGAAAGGACAUAAAGACAUCACUGUGUUUGUCCCAGCCUGGAGGAAGGAGCAAUCAAGGCCUGAUGCCCUCAUUACAGAUCAAGAAAUAUUACGCAAGCUGGAAAAAGAGAAGAUCCUGGUUUUCACCCCAUCUCGGAGGGUUCAAGGCCGAAGAGUGGUGUGCUAUGAUGAUCGCUUCAUAGUGAAGCUGGCUUAUGAUUCUGAUGGAAUUAUUGUGUCAAAUGACAACUAUAGGGACUUACAAAACGAGAAGCCAGAGUGGAAGAAGUUCAUAGAGGAGCGUCUCCUAAUGUACUCAUUUGUCAAUGACAAGUUUAUGCCACCUGAUGAUCCACUGGGAAGACAUGGUCCAAGCUUAGAAAAUUUCCUUCGCAAGCGUCCUGUUGUUCCAGAGCACAAAAAACAACCUUGCCCCUAUGGGAAAAAGUGCACAUAUGGACACAAGUGCAAGUACUACCAUCCAGAGCGCGUCAACCAGCCGCAGCGGUCAGUGGCUGAUGAACUGCGGGCUUUUGCCAAAUUGUCUGCAGUGAAGACAAUGAGUGAGGGGGCUUUAGUCAAAUGCGGUACUGGUCCAGCGACUGUAAAAGGGGACAACUCUGAGGCCAAACGUGUGGCACCCAAACGUCAGUCUGACCCCAGUAUUCGUUCAGUGGCCUGUGAACCUCCAGAAGCGCUGUCAAUUGUUAGGAAGUCUGAGACAAAUUCAGUGCCUUCCCUUGUGUCUGCUCUCAGUGUGCCCACCAUGCAGCCCGCCAAGAGCCACGCAGCUGGGGCCUUGAAUACCCGAUCAGCCAGCAGCCCAGUGCCAGGUUCUUUGCAGUUCUCACACAGUUCUCUGGAGCACAUGUCUAGUGUACAGUACCCGCCCAUUUUGGUUACUAAUAGUCAUGGCGCCUCUGUUACAUACAGUGAACAGUUCCCAAAGUAUGACUCAGUUAGUGACCAUGGAUAUUACUCACUGCACAGUGAUUUUUCAAACAUGAGCAUGAGCAGCAUGCAUAACGUCGACAGUUUCUGUAGCAUGGAGCAUGAGCAUGGUGUGUAUCAGAGAAAUCCCAGCCACUGCCCUGAAUCCUGCCUCAGCCAUUCAAACAGCGACUCGUUCUCCUCCUACGGGGACCUGUACCCAAGCUCUGUGGACAGUAGCUUAGAGGAGAGCAUGAAGGGGCAGCAGCAGUCUUCUGCUCAGGCUAGAAUGCACGCUUUCUCCCAUGGGUUUCGGCAUGAAGCGCUGACUAGGGUACAGAGUUAUGGACCAGAGGAGCCCAAGCAGGGCCCUCGUAAGCAGUCUGGAGCUCAUCUCGCACCACAUAUCCAGCAUGCUGCAGUGGGGGCCAGGUCCAGCUGCCCUGGAGACUAUCCCCUCACUCAGAAUGUCCUCCCACCUCUGUCCUCCCAGCCCACUCGGUCUCUUGGCAUGACUCGUAUGGACAGCAUAUCAGAUUCACGGCUGUAUGAUAGCAACCCAAUGAGACAGAGGCGACCUCCACUGUGCCGCGAGCAGCACGCAAGCUGGGACCCUCUGCCUUGUGGUAAUGAGUCCUACGGGUAUCACUCAUAUCCACUGAGUAACAGCUUGAUGCCAUGUUGCGAGCGGGUGAUGGUCCGCAGCAUGCCAGACAAAAUGGAACAAAUUUGGAACUCGCCGUGGGAGACCCCAUCUGCAGCUGAACACCAAGAGCGGUAUGUCAUCCCAGAUCACCAGUAUCAAACAUAUCGGAACCUUUGUAACAUCUUUCCUGCUUACGUAGUCCACUCAGUGAUGGAGAAGAACCCUCAUUUGACAGAUCCCCAACAACUCGCCGCCGUCAUUGUUACAAAACUGAGAUCAUGCCAUUGAGGUGUUAUUAAGCAUUCAAAAUUGAAGUGAUAAGGGAAAUAAGCAUUGUCGCAAAGAUAGGCACUUGUUAAAUGUUGCUGCAUCUGCAACAUCUGCCCUCAGGAGUUAAUCAUUUUUUAAAUGUCUGAUGCGAAGUCUCGCUGUCAGAUUUGACAUCAGUAAGAUGACAUGGAAGUAUUGAGCAUAGGUGUUUGUCUGAUCAGUAGAAUUGUAAGAUGUUUCACAUAUGAAAGCUACUUUUUUAUAUGAAGUGUGGCGCACAUGAUAUAAGGUAACAACCUACAUACAACACAUUCAUAAUACCUGAGCAGGAGCUGCAUAACAGCUUUGCACCAUAUCCAUGAUUAACUGAAUGCUUUAGGAUCAUUUUAGUUUUAUAAAUCAAUCAAAUAGUUAAAUGUCCCUCAGAUUAAUGUAGAUUGUGUUUCUGAUGAAUUAAUUGGUCACACGUUAUCUACAAGUCAUGAUCAUCAACUGGUUAACAAUCAUAAUUUCAAUUUAAAGACUAAUCUAAUCCUAAUUAAUGUAGCUAGCAAGUGUAUUAUUGAACCUUAUCCUUUCGUGAGUCAGUGUGAAUUACGUGGAUUAAUAAAUGGGUCAGCCACACAGUUAAGAUAGGAAGUAGUUACACCCCCACAUUUGCCUUAUUAAAUUUGACAUCAGUGUAUGUCAACAUUUGUGCACCAUGUAGCUUUUAUGAAGAUCUUGUUCAGGUCAUGUGAAUGUGUUAUGAAAGUGGUGCAGCGGUACUAUAAAUAACCUUGCUUAGGUCUGCCUCUGCUGUAAAUAAUUCUUGUGACUUAUUUUGUGCUUUUUAUUUUAAAGAUAAGUAAGAGGGAGGUAAGUACAUACCUCACAGCAUGAACUAUGACAUUUAAUGGCCUUAUAUCUGAAUGACCUCACGCUUUCGUCGUCGUCUGAUCGGUUUCAAUGAAAGUCUUUAGUCGUUGAAGCCUCCUACUUUAAAAUGUAAAGCACUAUCUCAGUAUCUAAAGAGAUAUAUUUUCUCAGCCUCACUUAACAAAGCUACUAUUUUGGUAGAAUUUGACAGUGCACAAAGCAAGCCAAAAAGGAGAUUUGACUUGUGUGUGUAUACAUAUAUAUAUGUAUAUAUAUAUAUAUAUAUGUAUAUGUAUGUGCACAUAUCUAUGUACAUAUAAUCACACAAAAGCCAUUAUUUCAAAGUCAUUUAUAAGCUGCUAAAUAAUGCCAAAAAAAGAAUUUCUAUAGUGUCAGUAUUCUACAUAACUUUACAUUUUGGUUCACACGAUAGAUUGGAUUAUAGUAUAAACCUAACAUCUGUGUUUGGAUUAUUUCCUAUGGUGUACUGUACAGUUACCUUACUGAUUUUAUUGGAUACUACGUCCUGGAUUUUCCUAUUUCUAUAUUAGUCAAACCUGUUGUGCUGAUUUUUUUCAAUGUGGAAAUAUUAGUAUCUUUGUUUCAAACACAGUAGCUCUAAUAAACUCCUUGAAGUUGUCAGUGGAGCAGUUUAUUUUCAGGAGCAGGCUCAUUUUGUUUCAGUGACUACUUUUACAUGCACUUAAGUCGUCUGAUGAUUGCCAGUUUUAGUCAAUAACCCAAUUGAUACAUAAAUAAGAACCUAGUAACCUAGUCCAAGGCAUGAAGAGGAACUUGUUAACAGCUAGAUUUCUGAUGGGAUUUAUACACUUCCUACUAGGUUGUCUUCUUAUGUGUGCUAAUGCACAUGAUCGAGACCCAGGACAGGGAAGACAUCCGUAAUCUAGCAGAAUUAAAGGAAAUAUUGUAACCUUUGUCCAGGUUUCAUUGCAUGCAGUAUAAAUAAAUCGAAAGUCCAGUCUAUGCGCAAACAUAUUAAUAUCCUUAACAUAUACUACAAUGUUAACCAUCAGGCUAGUUUGAUUAGUUAGUGUUUCUCCAGAUGCACAGUAGGAAUUUGUUUAAUGUAAACACACAGCAACAAAACUAUCUUCAAUUCCGAAGAUCUGCACAA